AUGCAGGAGUCAGCCCCUAAACCAUGUUGUGGGUCAUGAUAGGAGUAGAGAUUUUUAGGUUAAUAUAAAUAUUCGUCACUGGGGAUCGCCACUGAUGACAGUUGUGUGAAGUGGUUUACAGGUCAGAGGGAAGCACAUGGUUUUGAAGUUUGAUGGCAUGCUUGUCGACUGGUCAGGUGAUCUCUUUGUUGAAAGCGGAGAAGGUGUUUUGGCAUUAGGAUUCUCACCGCAGAGGGCUGAUUGACCACCGUUGGCUGGAGUUUUGAGACACCAGUAUGGAUUUUGAGACAUCAGAAGGAGUUUUUGAUGAGGAUGUGGCAACCCAGUACAUGAUAGAACAGAGCAUUCUGACAAACAAUAAACAGAUCGAGUUUAAGGACAUCUUUUCGGAAGACAAAUGCAGAAUUUUACAGACCAGUCCAGAAAGAGACAAAAUCUCCAGCGCCAUCAGCCGAGGUGAUGAGGCCUCGCUCCACAAGCUCACAGUUCAUCAGCAUGCUUUCUCUGAGGAGGACAAUACUGGCCAUAUUCCCUUACAUGAGGCUGCCAUGCAGAACAACCAGUUCAUACUGGAGAUCAUUUUCAAAGCAUCUCCUCCAGACGCUAAGCACAGAAAAACGUUUCGGGGUAAGACAGCCCUCUUCUUGGCUGUUGAGAAGGGUCUCCUGGACAAUGCCUGCUAUCUGUUGGAUAAUGGGAGCAGUCCAGAUUGCCUGGAUGGUGAAGAGGAGACACCUCUUGUCAUCGCCAUAAGAAACAACCACUAUGACAUGGUGAAGCUCCUUCUUUUCUUCAAUGUCCGCAUGAACCAGGAGGGGGCCAACCGUAGGACGGCGCUCCACGAGGCCGCCCGCCUGGGUUUGACUGACAUUGUGAACUUGCUGUUGAAAUCCGGAGCUGACCCUGACCCCAGGAGCACCUACGGCCUCACUCCACUGGCCCUGGCCGCACAAGCUGGACACCUGGAGAUAGUGAAUGCCCUUCUCCGCAAAGGUGCUGACGUGAUGUCACAGGCUCAGGACAGCGCUACAAUCCUAUUUGAGGCAUCUGCAUCCGGGAACCCCGAUGUCAUUUCUGUGCUGCUGGAGUAUGGUGCAGAUGCCAACGUACCUAAACACACUGGCCACCUGCCCAUUCACAGAGUGGCCCACCGUGGACAUGUGAAAGCUUUGGCUCUGCUAAUCCCUGUGACCACCUGGGAAGCCGUGGAUGAGAGCGGGAUGAGCCCUCUUCACUCUGCAGCUGCUGGCGGACACUUCCAGUGCCUGGAGAUGCUGCUAGACGCUGACUAUGAUCCCAACUUCAUGCUGUACCCCUGGGUGCGUCGUAAUUAUGACGACCAGCGCAAGUCGGCUCUGUAUUUCGCUGUGUGUAAUGAGGACCUGCGCUCUACUAAGUUACUGCUGGAGGCUGGAGCCAUGCCCAACCAGGACCCUGUCAAGUGCCUGCAGGUGGCGCUGCGUCUGGGCAACUAUGAGCUGAUAGACACCCUGCUGAGGUAUGGCGCCAACGUCAAUUACUUCUGCAGGGUGAACACCACACACUUCCCCUCCGCUCUGCAGUAUGCCUUAAAAGAUGAGAUUGUGCUGAGGAUGCUCUGUAACUACGGCUAUGAUGUGCUGCUCUGCUUUAAUUGCCCGUACGGGGAUAAAUCACAUGUGCCAAAUGAUUAUGAGGGCUGGACCACUUCCGUCAUCAAGGAUACCACGUUCUGUGAAGUGAUUACUGUCAGCUGGCUGAAGCAUCUUGCCGGAAACACAGUGCGCAUCAUGUUAGAUUAUGUCGAUCAUGUCAAGUUCUGCUCCAAAAUGAAGGCAACUCUGAUGGAGCAGAAACAGUGGCCAGAAAUCUGUAAGAUUCAAGAGAACACCCGCUCCUUGCAGCACCUCAGCCGGCUGAAGAUCAGGCGUUGCAUGGGCCGUCUGCGCCUCAGGGCCCCAGUCUUCAUGAGCUUCCUGCCUCUACCAAACCGCCUGAAGGAAUACAUCUUAUACAAGGAGUAUGACCUCUAUAGUCAGAAGUGCCAAGGUCAGUCUAAGUGACAUGGCUAUAAAACAAAUCACAGUUAAGAGUGACAGGCUGGAAUGGACUGUUCUCUGUUCUUACAAAUGAGUGAAAUGAGUGAGUGAUUGGUUUGACUGAGUGAUUGAUUUAGCCUGGCUGUUAGUACAAACUCAAACGUCAUUGACAUCCACUUUGUAUUAUAUCAAGAUAUUUAUGUCACAAAUUGUUACACAGCUUUGCUGAAUUAAUGGCAUAAAUGUUUGUAUGUAUAUGUUUUGUACCUUGCGAAGUUGUGUGUAGUUAACUUCGCAACUUUGGCAAAAUAAUAAAAAGUCUGCUUGUGUGUAA